GUCCGGCCAUUGUGAUGCCGCAGGGUCCCGCUCCGGAAACAGUUUUUGUCCAUUCUGCCUGCAAGUGUGCUCUUUCCCCAAAGUUGGGCGCGAGUCCUGCACCGCUGCGUUUCCUGCUGCGUCUCUGACUUGGAGGAAAUGCUGUCCUUCCGGGAUGUGGCCAUUGAUUUCUCUCCAGAAGAAAGGGAAUAUCUGGAGCCUGCUCAGUGGAAUCUGUACAGGGAUGUGAUGUUGGAGAAUUACAGCAACCUUGAUUUCCUUGGUCUUGUUCUCUCUAAGCCACAUUUGGUGACAUUUCUGGAGCAAAGACAAGGGUCUGCAGGUGUGAAGAAACAAGAGGCAGCUACUGUGAUUACAGGAAAAACAGUCAAUAAAUGCAAAGAUUACAGCAAGGCCUUUCAUUGUAAUUCACUGCCUAUUCAACACCAGACAGCUCAUUUAGGGGAGAAACCCUACAAAUGUGAGGUAUGUGGUAAAGCCUUUCGUAUUCGCUCAAGACUUUCAGUACACCAGAAAAUUCAUACUGGAGAAAAAGCCUAUAAUUGUGAAGAAUGUGGUAAGGCCUUUAAUACUCAUUCAAAACUUUCUGUACACCAGAGAAUUCAUACUGGAGAAAAGCCCUACAAGUGUGAAGAAUGUGGUAAGUCUUUUAGUUCUCACUCAACACGUUAUAGACACCGGAAAAAUCAUACUGGAGAAAAACCCUACAAGUGUAAAGAAUGUGCCAAAGUAUUUUCCUACCCUUCGUUGCUUAAGGUACACCAAAGAAUUCAUUCUGCAGAGAGACCCUACAAAUGUGAAGAAUGUGGGAAAUUAUUUUACUGUCCUUUAUUACUCAAGAAACAUCAAAUAAUUCAUUCUACAGAGAAACCCUACAAGUGUGCAGAGUGUGGUAAAGCCUUUCACUAUCCUUCUUUGCUUAAGCGGCAUCAGAGAAUUCAUGGUGGAGAGAAGCCCUAUAAGUGUAAAGACUGUGACAAAGCCUUUUACUCUUCUGCCUUCCUGAAGCGUCAUCAAAGAAUUCAUUCUGAAGAGAAUUCCUACAAGUGUGAAGAGUGUGGCAAAAGGUUUUACUCUUUCCCACAACUUCAGGAUCACCAAAGACUCCAUUCUGGAGUGAAACCAUACAAAUGUGAAGAGUGUGGGAAAACAUUUUCUACUCUUUCAUACCUUCCUUGGCACAAAUUGCGCCAUUCUGGGGAGAAAUCUUACAAAUGUGAUGUAUGUGGCAAAAUGUUUUAUUCUACUUUAGACCUUAAAAAACACCACAAAAUCCAUACAUAUAAGUGUGGGGAAUGUCACUAUACGUUUACAAGUUACUCAGCUCUUACUGAACACCAGAGAGUUCAUACUGGAGAGAAACCCCACAUAUGUGAACAGUGUGGAAAAAUCUUUUCUAGGCUUGAUAGCCUCAAUCAGCACCAGAUUGUUCAUACUGGAGAGAAACCCUAUAAAUGUGAAAAGUGUGGCAAAAGUUUUUUCCGAUCCUCGUCCCUUAGAAGACAUAAAGGGACUCAUUCCUAAUAGGAAUUUAACAAGUAUGCACAAUGUGAUAAAAUCUUGCUAAAUAUCCAUACCUUAUCCAAGGCAAAUGAAUCCAUUGGAUAGAGAAGUCAUACACUUGUGAAGAAUGGUGAAUGCUGUACCGCUCAGUCAACACUGUCUACCAUCAAUAAAGUUCAUUCUGGAGAGCAAAAGUCCAAUUCUGAAUGGAGUGACAGGCUUUUGGUGUUAUUUUAUAUCUUAAGUAACACAACAAUGUUCAUCCUGAACAUCAAAGCUGUAAUGUGAAGGGUGUGGUGAGGGUUUCAGUUAUCGUUCAGUCAUGAUGCAACCUCAAUAAUUCUUAUUGGAGAGAAGCCCUCCUCAUAUGCAGAAAGGGACCAGGUUUAGCUGUUCCUCAUGUCUAUAUAAGCUUUGGAGAAUUCAUUCUGAUGAGGAAUCCUACAAAGGCAAUCAGUGUGGCAAGUUCUCUUCCUGUACGUCACACUGUAAGUAUCUGCUGCAGUAGAUACUUCAUCCUGCAGAGACACUCUACAUGUACAAUCACUGUCAAUACUUGAACAAUACUUCAGUCUUCAGCAACACCAACACAUUGAUACAGGUGAGAAACCCUGCAGAUGCAAAUGUCCUCUUUAGCAUCAGCUGUCAACUUCACCUAGCCCAGCAUUAUCCGAGUGUGUGCUUUCCUGGAUCAGAGUGCCUUAUGGGCAUAUCUGGGGACCAUUUUCUUGAUUGGUAAGUGAUGUAGGGGAGUACAAUCAGGACAGGCAGCACCACCUUUGGGGGGUGUUCUGGGUCAAGAAUUGUGGGUGGGCAGGAGGCAGAGAAACAUGUUAGGAACCAUGGUUUUUUCUUCCCUUCUUGUCCUAGCAUCCCUGGAAGAGGAACUCUGAGCCUAAUGUUGAAAUAAAAUAUUUCCUCCCCAAAGCUGUUUUUGGUCAUGCCAUUCAUGACUUCAAUAAAUUAAUGUAAGACAGCAAAGGACACAGGGAGGCAUUUCUCUCUACUUCAUACCUCUGUUGCCAUCAGACUCUGUACUAGAUACAGUGUCACAAAGCCUUUAGGUGUGUCUGCCUCUAUUGGACACCAGAGCUUUCAUGCUGCAUAAAAGUCCUAUUGAUACAAAGAAUAUGACAAAGAAUUUUAUGUAUCCCUUACUUAACACCAAAUAUUUCAUACUGUAGAUGAAUUUUGUAAAAGCAAAGACAGUAGCUAAUGUUGAACAGUUGCUGCAAACUCAACAUGAGAAAUUUAGCCAAGAAUGAACUUAACAUACUUGAUAAGCAAUUUAUUCUACUCUUCAUACCUUAACAUCAAAACAAUAUAUUUUGUAUAGAAAAUCCUACAAAUUAAAUAGUAACAAAGCCUUAAAUACUUAGGGCCUAUGAGUGAAUUCAUAUUGUAGAGAAACCUUCUACAUAAAUGGCCAGAUCCAUUUUUAGUAUACAAAUCUCAGAUUAGCAAAUGAACCACACUAAUAUCUAUAGUGUUGCAAUGUCUUUUCUUAUAACUUAUGUAGAAAUGGAUAUAAUUCUAAGCGGAGUUUUCCUGUCCUGCAUCCUCUCUCAAUCACUCAGAGGCUUCUAUUAAUUAUAAAUGCUCAGCCGGUAGCUCAGGCUUAUCACUAACUAGCUCUUACACUUUAAGUUAAUCAGUAUUCCUUAUAUACACUCUAUCAUGCUGUGGUACCUUUAUUAGCACGGCACAUUCUUGUCCUGCUCCCUGUGCAUCUGGCUGGUGACCCCUCAGACUCUGCCCUUCUUCCUUAGUUUGGUUGCCCAGCCUGGCUACUGGCCAGUCAGCAUCUUAUUAUACCAAUUCAAGUGACAAAACUUUACAGUGUACAAGAAGAUUAUUCCAUAGCAUUUGCCCCUUUUGUAUAAUUAAAAGAGAAGGUUUUAACUUUAACAUAGUGAGAUUUUAUCCAACAAACACAGUUAUCAAGUAACAAUUACAAUUAUAAUAUCCAGUAUAUUUGUAUUUGGCAAAAUCAGAGAAAAUACUCUGCUAUGUAUCUUAUCUUUGUGAGUCCAAAGUUUUCAAACUAAUUUAUCUUUUAUCAUAAUUAAAGAAAACUAUAACUGUCUAGUCUUCAAUUCCAUCAAAGACCACAGAAGGGUGAAAUGUUAUCUAAUGACAGGGACAUUGGGCCUGGACAGUCACUCAAUGUUCCUCUGCAAUGUUGGGGCAUCCAUCUUUGGCCUAUAGGCCUAACAUUUCUGACAGACAAUUUUGAGAAGUGGGGAAUUUUGAAGGGCUGUCCUAUAUCAUCUUGGCAAAUUUUGGCACAAAUUUUUUGUGUCCUGCUUGUCCUGUUUGGAUAGCAUACUGUCAUCAGUUAAGGCAAGGGCAAUUUCUUUGCCCAUGUGUCUAGCUUUUGCCAAGAAAACAAACUCCAUAUGGAGUUUCUUCGAUGCCUGUCAUCUUCUCUGAAAUAGAUUGGUGCUACCAGGAACAGACAUGCCUACUGUCAUGAAAAGCCUUAGGUUAUAUCAGAUGCCAUAUGCUGUAGGUCUUUGAAGUGGUUGAAGACCAUCAAUCUAAAUACAUUGGUGUAUGACCUUGAAAACAUACCUAAUAUGACUAUAAUUUUAACUAUUACAGAUGACUAUUAAUCUGUAUUUCUUAAUUAUAAUUACUUUUCAAAUAAGCUGCAUGAACACAAUAAUUUAAACAAGAGCAGAAGUAUAUAUAUGCAGUAUAUCAAAAUUAAAUUUAAAUUUAAAUCAGUAAGCCAAGAUCCAUACCAGUGUAAAAUAUGUAAAAUUAAUGGUUGUCUUUCAAUUCAAGUAGAUUAAAUAAUCUACCCUUUUAUCCUAUCAUUUCUAUAUCAUAUCUCCCUUUCUUCAUUUAGAAAGAGAUCUCUGAAUUUAACUUUUGUUUAGCCUUUAAAAAAAAAAAAAGCUAUGACCAAAACCAAUUUGUAACCAACCCCCUAAACUAAGACAAAUGUCCAUAAUCCAUUGGGGGGUGGGGAUGUGGGUGUAGCUCUCUAGAUUACUUUCUGUUGAUUUGGGGGGUGAGGACUUAGCUUUCUAGACUACUUCCUGUUGAUGGGGGGGGACUAGUAAUCUUUGCGGGGGGGACCCUGAGAAAAUUUAGGAUAAUGGUCAAGUCCUGACUAGAGUAUUCUGUGAGGCUGUAUCAUCUCAGUCAGCAGCCUUGAAACUGUUCUGGAUGUAGAAUUCUGAGGAGACUGUAGAGGCAUUUUGAAAUGAUGGAUCACCUGGGCCAUCCAUUGUCAUUGUUGUUUGGUCCUCUUGGUCUGAAAAUUCAUAAACGUACAUACUUGCAGCAAUACAAACUGCAUUGUAUACACAUCAGCCAAAGAUGAUUUUUUUGUUGUUGUUAUAUGUUUGAGCAGGUAAAAUAUACAUCAUAUGUUU